AUGAAUUUUAUCUACACUGGUCCAUUGUUACUAGUUUUGGGCGUUGCAUCAUUAUCAACGAUGUUUACGGUGAUGGCUGCUGAAUUUAGUAAUCUUGACAUUCCAAUUGAAUUUAAUGAAAAUAAUCAAAUGUAUCUUCAAGUGAAUCAUUUCAAGUUGGUAUUAGAUCCAGACCAUCAGUUGACUAUGAAAGAUGGUGAUUGUGUAACAACAGUGGAUUUAGCUGCACCGAAUGCUAAAGAAAUUAAAGCGAACAAAGCAUUUCGUCAAGUGACAAGAAUCUGUACAUCAUGGUAUACGGAAAAAGCUAAAAAGAAAAAUACCACUUCAGCUGUGAAAAAGUAA